AAAUUGAGAAUUUUAGUAAUUGAAUUAUUUAAAUUUUUCUAAUUGUAAGGUUGCACAAUUUCCUGGAUAAAAAAAAUAGACUUUUACUCGCACAUAAAUUAUGGAUUACGCAAAAAAUAAAUCUUCACACUCUCCGCAAAAUAUAACUAAAACUAUAGAUGAACCUGAUGAAUAUGAAGAAAGAAUAAUUAAAACUGGUUGCGCAAAAGAAAAUGAAGAAUUACAGAUAUGUUUUGCUGACAAAAAAGAUUGGAGAUUAUGCCAAAAAGAAUUAAAUAAUUUUAAAGAAUGUUGGAAAGUUUAUCAAAAUAAAAAUAAAAAAUUGCAAGAGGAUUGAUUGUUCUAUUACGAUUCUAAAUAUUCUUAGAGGAAGGGUUAUUUAUUAGAUAACUCGUUAGCAAAUCUUUCUACAGCAUUAUAUGAAUUAUAUUACUGCAAUUUUGAUUUCCAAAGUUUUUUAAAUUAACAAAGUCGU